CGGUUAGAAUUACCAUGUAACCCCGUUCACACAGUGGUCCCUGCCCCAAUAUUUACGUACACGGGUGUUCAGGCUAGCGUGACGUUGUCGGAUGACUGUUGAUAGUACAGGAGAGAGCGGGCACGGGACAGGUUAGUAGAGUCGUAGACACGGGUGGACGAUCUAGUGAACUAUCGGACAAGGCUAAACAUGGUUCGGGAGGAGACGAAAUGGUUCGUACUACUUGUGUUGUUGAUAGCGUUUGUGUUAUCACUGGUGGGGUUUGCCACGCCCAGUUGGUACCGAGUCUCCACUAACUCUACAGCUGUUCCUACUAUCACGGCUGGAUUUUUCGACGUGUGUGUGUCCAGCACGUGUAGACGUUACCUCGAAUAUUUCACCCUAGACCGAUACAGCGAUGACCUCAUUGGCUGUAUCGUGUUCUGUGCCUUUGGAAUCUUCUUUAUCGGCCUCGCUCUGCUCUUCACUUUCUGUUCCGUCUGUCGCUGUGACGAUCUCCAGGGAGACUGUGGAGGAUGUCGUACCGACAGGAGGCGCUACCUGUAUGUGGCAUGGUUCACCUUGAUUGGAGGUCUACUGCUGAUAACGACGGUGAUUUGGUUCUACAUCAGCCAAAUUCGUAACCAAGGAGGCCUCUACAAUAUUACCAACUCUGUGAGUAACAAGGCCGACUACUCGCUGGCCUUGGUGGCCGCCGCCGGAGGUGUCGCUGUUAUCCUAGCUGUUAUCAUUUUCCUCAUCCGUCUACGAAUGUACGAUUAUCACGAUGAUGAUGAAUAUGAACGCCGUCCACGUAAAAGGGCACCACCUCCAGUGAUGUACAUGCAAGAACCUCCCAGGAUGCCCCGAGCAGAACCACCGCCAUAUGUGGUGGCGCCCCCUAGCUCCUAUAGGUACUCGUACAAGCCUGAACCACAAUAUGUCGAGUAUGGCAGCAGUAGGCGAGUGGCAUACCCUGAGAAGAAAAAAUACAUCACUUACGGAGAGUAUUAGGACGUUUAUAAUCACACGAGGAGAGGAAAUACAACACAAUACUAUGGUACUUUUAACAGGACGCCUAUAUGCUGACAAUUUUGACCCAAAUAGAAGUUGAAUAUUUCGUCUCCCCAUCUCCCUUUUUUGAUUCACAAGAAAUGAUCAUUUUAUAUAUAUCCCCUAUAUACGAACAUUUCUUGAUGAUCUCUCGAUAUUUUGACAAAAUGGGGUUUGAGGUUAUACGCAGAAAUAACACACACGUACCGUAUUCUUCCUUAUUGUGUAAGGGGAAUCAUGACAAACUCGGCAGGAAGAGUGGCCAAUCUGGUUCGAAUGUGACGUAUGCGUGCAACGGAUGUGACGUAACACCUGAUCUGUAUCGUGUAUAUUGUUACAGUUGUAUGCAUUGUAGUGUUACACCUGUAUGAAUUGUGAUGUUACACCUGCAUGAAGUGUAUAGUUACAUCUGCAUGAAAUGUGAUGUUACACCUGUAUGAAGUGUAUCGUUACACCUGUAUGAAGUGUAUCGUUACACCUCUAUGAAGUGUAUCGUUACACCUGCAUGAAGUGGGAUGUUACACCUGUAUGAAGUGUAUCGUUACACCUGUAUGAAGUGUAUCGUUACACCUGUAUGAAGUGUAUCGUUACACCUGUAUGUAACUGUAUCGUUACACCUGUAUGAAGUGUAUCGUAACACCUGCAUGAAGUGGGAUGUUACACCUGUAUGAAGUGUAUCGUUACACCUGCAUUAAGUGGGAUGUUACACCUGUAUGAAGUGUAUCGUUACACCUGUAUGAAGUGUAUCGUUACACCUCCAUGAAGUGUAUCGUUACACCUGCAUGAAGUGGGAUGUUACACCUCUAUGAAGUGUAUCGUCACACCUGUAUGAAGUGUGUCGUUACACAUGUAUGAAGUGUAUCUUUACACCUGUAUGAGUGUAUGUUUAGAUCUCUAUCUAGUGAUAUCAUUGGGUAACUCCACUAUAGUGACCACGGAGAGCAUGAUACAUUAAACAAUAAUCAAAGAAACUUUACAUAUUUACGUCAUCAUCGGCCGUUGGAUAUUGGCCUAUCUUAAUACUACUAAUGGCAAUGUAGCCAUGUUCCUCGUAUACAUAUAUCUAUCUAUAUAUAUAUAUUGUGCAUGCUAAUUCAGAACUUUCAUAUCAUCGUUUUCUUUCAUAACACUGGAACACAUUAAACAUUUCAAACGGUA